AUGCGCCCGCCACCACCCGCCCUCCGACGCGCCUUUGCAUCCUCCGCGCGCAUCGCGCACUACAACCCCAUCGGCCUGCCAAACCGCCCGCCACCGCCCACCAUUACUCGCCGGAUCCAGAAGCGCGCGCUGCCCCAUGUGAAGAAAGUGCUCGCGGUCGCAAGCGGCAAGGGCGGCGUUGGCAAGAGCACCGUCGCCGUCAAUCUGGCUUGCGCGCUGGCGAUGCACGGCGGGCGGAGGGUAGGCAUACUCGACCUCGACAUAUUCGGCCCUUCUGUGCCAAAGCUCAUGGGUCUCGAGGAUGCGGUGGAGCCGCGCUUGACGAAAGCGGGUGCGAUCGUGCCCCUGACGAAUCACGGUCUGCCCUGCAUGUCCAUGGGCUUCCUUCUCCCGCGCUCCCCGGGAGACUCGGGCGCAGAUACCCCCGUCGUCUGGCGCGGUCUCAUGGUCCAGAAAGCCGUCCAGCAGCUCCUCUUCGACGUCGAUUGGCGUGACCACUCCGGUGCCGGACUCGACCUUCUCGUGCUCGAUAUGCCGCCCGGCACGGGCGAUGUCCCUCUCACGCUCGGGCAGCUCGUGCAGGUCGAUGGCGCGGUGAUCGUGUCGACUCCACAGGACGUCGCGCUUGCAGACGUGCGCAAGGGCGUAGCGAUGUUCCAGAAGAUCUCCGUGCCUAUAACCGGCCUCGUCCUCAACCAGUCCCACUUCACUUGCCCGUCCUGCCACACACCUCACAUGCUUUUCGGCCCGCCUGAGUCCUUUCGCGCGACCGCCGAGCGCCUCGGCACCCCCAUCCUUGGCGAGCUUCCGCUCGUACCUGAGGUGAGCACGGGCGGGGACCACGGCGUACCACUCGUGCUAGCCGGAAAUAGUGACGGGGGUGAUGGGGCGAGGAAGUGGAGAGAGGUCAUGGACGACGUUGCGAAGAAGGUGUGGACGUCACUGGAGGAGAGGUAA